CCGGGUCCCCGGCGGCCAUGUUGAGGCUCCGCCCUCCCCUCCCUGCCGCGUCUUGCGUCCCCACCGGCACCCUUGCCACUGCCGUAGGAUCAUCUGCCCUUCACUGCAGACUAAAAAGCAAGUAGCAAUUGGACAGUAGGAAAAGAAUGGCAUUGAAACAGAUUUCCAGCAACAAGUGCUUUGGAGGAUUGCAGAAAGUAUUUGAACAUGACAGUGUUGAGCUGAAGUGCAAAAUGAAAUUUGCUAUUUACUUACCACCAAAGGCAGAAAGUGGAAAGUGCCCUGCACUGUAUUGGUUGUCUGGUUUAACUUGCACAGAACAGAAUUUUAUAUCAAAAUCUGGUUAUCAUCAAGCUGCCUCAGAACAUGGCCUUGUUGUCAUUGCUCCAGACACCAGCCCUCGUGGCUGCAAUAUUAAAGGGGAAGAUGAGAGCUGGGACUUUGGCACUGGUGCUGGGUUUUAUGUGAAUGCCACUGAAGAUCCUUGGAAGACUAACUACAGAAUGUACUCUUAUGUAACGGAGGAGCUUCCACAACUCAUAAAUGCCAAUUUUCCAGUGGACCCCCAAAGGAUGUCUAUUUUUGGCCACUCUAUGGGAGGUCAUGGAGCUCUGAUUUGUGCUUUGAAAAAUCCUGGAAAAUAUAAAUCUGUGUCAGCAUUUGCGCCAGUUUGCAACCCAGUGCAUUGUCCUUGGGGCAAAAAAGUCUUUAGCGGAUAUUUGGGAACAGAUGAAAAUAAAUGGAAGGCAUAUGAUGCGACGUAUCUUGUAAAGUCCUAUCCAGAUACUCAGCUUGACAUACUAAUUGAUCAAGGGAAAGAUGACCAAUUUUUGCUAGAUGGACAGCUACUCCCUGAACAUUUUAUUUCUGCCUCUUCAGAAAAGAAAAUCCCUGUUGUUUUUAGAUUACAGGAGGGUUAUGAUCAUAGCUACUAUUUCAUUGCAACCUUUAUUGCUGAUCACAUUAGACAUCAUGCAAAAUACCUGAAUGCAUGAAAAUCUUCUGAUAAGAAAAUCUCUUCAAGAUUAUAAAAAUUAUAAUAAAGAGAAUUGCCGAGGGAAAAUAUUUCAAAACAUUGGAUUUCAUAAUGCUAAUAACUUCGUUGUACAAUUGAAUUACCUGAAUAAAUAUAAAUAAAAGUCACUUCGGAAUUAAAAAGUUA